GCUGGAAAGUAUAAAAAACGAAGUCGGCAGGACAAUAAUAAAAUUAAAUGAUGGAUGGUAGGGAAUUGAUCAAUAUAGAUGGAAGCGUUCUAGAAGGGGGCGGACAAAUUUUACGAAUGGCUUUAUGUUAUAGUGUACUUAUGAAGACGCCGGUGCGUAUUCGAAAAAUCAGACAGGGGCGCCAGAAAGGCGGUCUUGCGGCCCAGCAUCUAGCUGGAGUAGAGUUACUUCGUGAUAUGUGUCAAGGGACGCUACAUGGAGCGUUUUUAGGAUCAACCGAUAUCGAGUUCUAUCCCAGUCGCGUUAUGCAAGGACGAUUUGUUGGCCACAUACAAACAGCAGGAAGUAUUUCUCUUUUGUUGCAAGCUGCGUUACCUAUCGCUAUCUUUGGUUCAGGGCCCAUUAUGCUCGAUUUGCGGGGAGGAACAAACGCGGAAAUGGCCCCUCAAAUCGACUUUUUAACCGAAAUAUUUCGCCCAAAUAUGGAACGCUUCGGCGCGACAUUCGAUUUCGAUCUCAUAAGACGAGGUUACUUCCCGAAAGGUGGGGGGCAUUGUAAUGUUAGUAUAAACCCUGUUCAUUCGCUGAAACCCAUUCAGCUUACCGAUGUAGGCACGGUUAAAUUCUGCUAUGGAUGGAGCUACGUAGCUGGUGCACUUCCGAUAAAGAUUGCUCACGACAUGUGUAGCGGUGCUAAAUCAGUUCUGAACAAAAUUUGCCCGAAUAAAGUUGAUAUUGAAGUUUACAAGGAAAGCACACACAUGGCACCUGAAGGAAAUUGUUCCGGAAUAAUAUUGGGCUGUGAAACCAGCACUGGUGUUCUCCUUGGCGGCUCAGCUCUUGGUGGCAGAGGAAAACAAAGUAGUCAGUGCGGCAGUGCGGCAGCCCAAGAAAUCGAAAGCGCCAUACUUGCCGGAGCGUGUGCCGAUCGAUACGUGCAAGAUAUGAUGAUUAUUUUAAUGGCUUUGGCAGAUGGUCGAAGUAGAAUUCGAACGGAAUUGCUAACUACACACACAAAAACGGCAGUCUACGUAACGGAGCUGAUGACAAAGGUAAAAUUCAACAUCAUAGAAGGGAAUGGUCGAAACGUGAUUAUUGAGUGUGAUGGCAUUGGUAUGCGAAAUCAGAACAUAUAGACAAACCAAGUUUCCAAACAAGCUUUCACUUGGCACACAUUCAUUUUUUGCCAGAGCGUGAAAUUGUGAAUGAGUGUUCACAACUACUCGUUGUUGCCUGUUAGUGCGCAGAAUCUGCCUAAGCGAUCACUGUCUCACUCACCCGAUCAAAAAUGUAACCUGAGUUCCUUUUACUGCAAAAUCUUCAUGGACGAAACUCCAACAACGCUCGAUCAAACUGCGACUUGAUUAGUUGAAUCAGAAUGUCAGAAUGCCUUGACGUCCUGGUUUCUAAGAAAGUCUCAGUUCGAGAAGUCGGCUAGUUUACUGUAUAAAAUUCCUGUAGCAAUGUUUGAAAAGUUUCGGCUGACCAGGACCGUUUAGUCGGGCAUUGCAAAGGUGCUUGAACGGGGGGCGUUUCCCGGCGGUUACAAACUCCAGAAGCUAUUAGUUCAUCCGCUUACGAGAUGACUAGGAACGAUCUUCCGAUUUAAUUCCGACAGACUAACGGGAUAAAUCGAACUGCCUACACAUGUUUCGUUGUAGGUAGGCCAUUUUGUAUAAAGAAUCAUACGA